AUGUUAGGAGUUUCCUGGGCGGCUCGCCCGACGCACCAGCGGCUGAGGUUGUCGGGUCCCGUGCCCGCCCGGGGCGAUGCUUUGCGUCCGGCCCGCCCCGCGGGAGCCGCCGUUCGUCGGCGUUGUCCGCGGGGUCCGGUCCCCCCACCCGAGGGCCGUAUGCCGCAGCCUGCCGGCGUCCGCGAGGGCGCCCGGGUUCAGGAACACCUGCGUGCGGACCGGCACUGA